CGGCCGCCAACGGACCCUGUCGGCGGGCGAGCGAGCGAGCGGCUGGAGAGCGAGAGUAGGAGACUCCUCCUCCUCCUCUCCACUGCUUCCUUCCGCUCUGUUCUAUCUAUCUGUCUCUUUGAUCUCUUCCUGUGGCCUUCUGAAAGGAAGGAUUCAGUUUGUUUCAGGGUAUUUCUCUAGUGAAGUAUUUUGGGUCCUGCUGUUCUUUAGAAAUGGAGUACUUAAUGAGCAUGAUGGCACAUUCUUCAGUUACAUAUGUUUCCCAAGCAAGGCCGAAAUGUAAUGGAAAGAAUUUGGAGGAUGAAAUGAAGGAGCUGGGAAAGUUGAGAACAGCCAUCAUGAUGGAAAAAUGCCAGAGUGGGGAUGAAGUUGUCAUCUGUCCUAUACCAAGGAAAAGAAACACCGGGACCAUAUUUUUGUCAAGCAGAGACCAUAAUGAGCUGAAAGUUGUAGCAGAUCCUGACAUUAUUAUGAGCAAGGCUUCACCACCCUGCUUUUCUUGUUCUCCACCAAUCAGAGCAAGCAAUCCUCUCAUUCGAGAUGCUCAUUUCCGUGAGCCAAGGGUGCAAAGGGCCUCCCAAGUGCCAGUUAUUGACAAACUUGCCGAGGAUUUUGAUUGUGCCAAUUGUGACUCCACCAUGCAAAAUAUCGUGACAAUGGCCUGAAAGUUCUACCUCCAUUUCCAAUAAUUCAAGGGGGAUACCCUUUCUUACCCUGAAACUUUGUCAAGGUUUUUUCUUUUAUCUGCAAAUUGGAUGGUGUAUAUAUUGGAGUUUCGUUCUGAGGCUUCUUAAGUUAUAUUGUCCUCAUCAUGUUGGCCAUCAUGUAUAUAUUUUGAUGGCCACAAUCUAUGAUCAUGAGCCAAUUUUGGUGAAUAACUACCUCAAUAAUUUUGCAUAGCUGGAAAUGUUGCAGGGUGACCUAUUCUACUUUGUGGUAUAAAUAAUUUUAAGAUCCUGGCUAAUAAAUUCCCGUUCCAUCCGAGUA